GCCGGCCACGUCGCAAUAGCAUAAUUACUUACUGAUGCAAGAUUAACUCCAAUCUUUCUGCAACGUCGUACCUCUCUUCUUCCCUCUUCCCCCUCCUCCUUCUUUCCUGCUCUCUCGCUCAAUUGGACUCGAACCCGGAAGUGCUUGCCAGCAUGGAUCCCGACUACAAGGUGCGAAAAGAGGCCUUCGUGUCCAAUCUGGCAGGCGGAGGAAUCCAUGAGAUCAAUGCUGUGACGCUGGUCGCACCUGCAGCUAUCCUACUUUGGUCUGCGCUACAAUCACGUCUUUCCUUCUUUACUCCUUACAGUUCAGCAGCACUGGUGACCGACUUUCUCCUCAAUGUACUGGCUAUCCUAUUUGCCACGACGGUAUACUCCUCUGCACCAUGGACGCUCAACGCCCUCCUGAUCGCUCCUGCCCUCAUGAUCCUGAAUUCGAGACCUCCCCGAGGCCAACAGAAGGCCAAGCCUCCGCCGAGAUCAACUGCGGCCGAUAAAACAUCGGAUAUGUCCGAGUCUCUGCCAAUGCACCCGUUCCUUACAACGUAUCGCGCAGCCAUGAUGAUCAUUACCUGUAUUGCCAUCCUGGCGGUGGACUUCCCGGCAUUCCCACGACGGUUCGCCAAGGUAGAGAACUGGGGCACGUCACUCAUGGAUUUGGGGGUUGGAUCCUUUGUGUUUUCUGGAGGGGUGGUGUCUGCUCGCUCAGUACUCAAGGGUCGGAAGAGCGGAGCCAAGAAGACUCCCACCUGGCAACGGCUGACAGGGUCCACGCGGCACUCGGUCCCGCUGCUUGUGUUGGGAUUGAUCAGGCUGUACAGUGUGAAGGGACUUGACUACGCGGAGCAUGUGACGGAGUAUGGCGUGCACUGGAACUUCUUCUUCACCUUGGGUCUUUUGCCUCCCUUCGUGGAGCUUUUUGACUCCCUGGCUGCUAUCAUUCCAUCCUAUGAGAUCCUUUCCUUGGGUGUUGCUGUAUUGUAUCAGGUCGCUCUCGAGUCGACCGAUCUGAAGGGCUACAUCCUCGUAUCGCCUCGUGGACCGAGCUUCUUAUCCAAGAACCGGGAAGGGAUCUUCUCUUUCCUAGGAUACUUUGCGAUCUUCUUGGCCGGUCGUGCCGCUGGCAUUCGGAUCAUUCCCCGCGGGACAAGCCCCUCGAGGUCCCCACAACAGGCUAGGAAGCGCGUGCUUGUGACCUUGGGGGUCCAAGCCCUCUCGUGGUCUGCGCUGUUCCUCCUGAACUCAACCUAUGCGAUGGGGUAUGGCGCUAACAUUCCGGUAUCGCGCCGCCUCGCCAACAUGCCCUAUGUACUCUGGGUGUCUGCGUUUAACAAUUCCCAGCUGUUUCUAUUUUGUCUCCUGGAGACGAUUUUCUUCCCAUCCGUGCACCGGACACUGGGGAAAGAUACUGAGGCCGAGCGGGUCUCGUUUGCGACGAGCCGUGUCCUCAAGGCAUUUAACAAGGGCGGGCUGGCCAUCUUCCUGGUGGCCAACCUGCUCACUGGGGCUGUGAAUCUGAGCGUUCCCACCCUUGAUGUCAGUACAGCACAGGCUAUGGCCAUCCUGAUCGGAUAUGCCGCGGUUCUGACGGGCAUUGCGCUGGGAUUGGACCGGGCGAACAUCAAGUUGGCAUUUUGAGGUCUGAAUGUGGCAAAAACAUGACACCAUGAAAAGUAACUACUGUAUAUGUAAUUUGGCAGCCUAAGUUUUCUUCUUGUUGAUCGGUGGCGAGUGUAGCAGUGUCCCUAGAUACUAUCUAUCUAUCUAGUAUCUACUAGUUAUCGAGCUUGUGAC